AUGUCGGCCAAAGCAAUUUACAUUGGUGUCGUUGGUGUUGGUGGCGUUGGAAGCCACUUUCUCUCACAGCUAUCCAAGCUACCAAAUGCACCAUCCCUUGUCCUCAUUGCCCGAUCUUCACAGACGCUCACUUCUCCAGCGCCUUCAUACCCAGCCAUUCCCCCGGCAGACUGGCAGUCGGCCUUCUCCUCUAGCUCAUUCACCAAAUCCGAAGCCUGGUCUCCAGAACAGAUAGCCACCUAUCUCUCCGGAGUGCCAGGACGAGCAAUCCUAGUCGACAACACAUCUGAUCCCACCAUUGCCAAUUCCUACCCCCUCUUCACUAGCAAGGGCAUCAGCAUCGUCACGCCUAACAAGAAGGCGUUCUCAUCCUCCUUGAAGCUAUGGAAGGAUAUAUUCUCGACUGCUGCUGCCAGUAAUGCAUUGGUUUACCAUGAAAGCACCGUGGGCGCCGGAUUGCCUGUUCUUUCAACCCUGCGUGAUCUAGUCAACACCGGCGACAAAGUGACUCGUAUCGAAGGUGUCUUUUCAGGAACUUUGUCCUUCCUAUUCAACCAAUUCUCUGCAGCUUCUCCCGCGGCGGCUGGCGAGAAGAAGAAAUGGAGCGAAGUUGUUAGUAAGGCCAAGGAGCUGGGAUAUACCGAGCCUGACCCCCGAGACGACUUAAACGGAAUGGAUGUUGCGCGUAAAUUGACUAUUCUGGCUCGAAUUGCUGGAUUGGAAGUCGAGAGCCCAGAGUCGUUCCCCAUCGAGAGCUUGAUUCCAGCUGAGCUCGCGAGCCUGGAAGCCGGUCCUAAGGGGACCGAAGAGUUUAUGCGUCGCCUGCCUGACUUUGAUGGAAAGAUGGAGGAUCUUCAAAAGGAUGCGGAAGCUUCUGGGAAGGUGCUGCGAUAUGUGGGUAGCAUUGAUGUUCCCGGGAAGGAAGUCAAGGUUGGCUUGCAAAGCUUCGAUAAGGAUAGUGCCAUGGCGGGGCUCAAGGGGAGCGACAACAUUAUCAGCUUCUACACAGAACGAUACGGCAAACUCCCACUUAUUGUCCAGGGUGGCGGUGCUGGCGGAGCCGUUACUGCUAUGGGAGUCAUGUCUGAUUUGAUUAAAGUACUUGAGAGACUGAGAUAG